CAAUAUGUCUUUCAUCUGGCAACUCUCCAAAUCUGUUCAUCUGCUGUUAUUCAGCUGCUUUUCAGCUUUUCCUGCCAGCCGUCUACGAAAAGCGGCUGGUUAUGCUGCUCAACGCGUAGCGCAGCGGCUGAAGCCCAGUUUACCUGCCCACUGCCUGGUCAGCAACCAGUCCGAGGGACAGACGGCUCAAACCAGUUCUGCUCGAAACCUGGUCAAAGAGAUGAUUGUCCAUCAAGGGCAAUAUGUCUUUCAUCUGGCAAUUCUCCAAAUCUGUUUAUCUGCUGCUAUUCAGCUGCUUUUCAGGUGACCCCUAUCUGUCCGAAUAAUGGCAUACCUCAACCUGCUCCAUUUGGGGAAAACUACAAAUCCUGUUCUGUGCUUAAUGACUGCGACUCCGGUUUCUCAUGUGUCCGCUCGGCUAAUGAUUACUCUAUUCGAAUAUGUUGUACAGCUGGUUUAUUACAAGAGCAACGUCCUACCUGCCCUAAUCAAGGACAAUUACUUACCGUAACUUAUCAUACCCAAGUUUUCUCUCAGUUCUUAUAUAGCAGGUUGAUUUUAGGAGCGCGUCCUCGUGUUUGUCCCCGCAAUCAGAAUGCUCUUUUGACAUCCACUGGGUCGCUGGAACUAUGCAAUGCACCCGGAUUACCCUGCUUUCAAGAUGGCUACACUUGCCAGUGGUCCACAGCUCUGUCACAAUAUGUCUGUUGUGGUCGCGAUGCUGUUCCGGCGUACUGCGCUGAUGGGCGUAGCACGUAUGAGCAGAUUGAAGGUCAAACUUAUUCAUGUAAUCCGCUGGUGUACCCCUCGUCGUGCCCUAUUGGCUACGAAUGUGACAUGUCUACCGUACCCGGGAUUAGUGUUUGCUGUGCUGUCGCGUCAAGUAAGCAAUUAAUCGAUUGGAUGUAA